AUGUUCUUCCAACGAACGUUCUUAGGAGCCCUUCUCCUUCUUGCCAUCCCAAGAGGGGUGCUAUCACGCCGAGGCCACGACAGCGAUAUCGACAGUGACACUUCCAGCUCCAGCGACUCCACCAGCGACACCUCCAGCUCCAGCGACGAUACAACCACCUCAACAUCCUCAGGUAGUGGAUAUACCUGUCCAGGACCGCCCGAGCUAGAUUAUUACCUCAUCGGACCAACUCACUACCAGACAUACCAAGAUACGUUCGAAGCCAGCGACUAUGACGGAGUCUAUUAUAUAGGCGAAGCAACCUUUAACUACAAGCUCGACGUACCACCCGUACCAACAACCACCUACUUCGUCUACACUCCUAAAGCGACAUGUCCGGCUGGUUGGCAGUCUCUGCGGAUGCGAGCCCUUGCAUGGGUUGCGCCGAAGACGCCUGAACCCGCUGGACCAAAGAAUCCCAUUACCAUCGCAUUCCAGGCCUUGCCUAAUGUCGCGGAUUCGUACAGUAGAUGCUCAAAGGUUGAUCGUGUGGGCUUCAGUACGACGGUUGAUUGGUCGAAGAGGAAUACAACGGGCGAUACUUCGUUCGAGGCGAUAGACUCCGUGAAGUUGGAUAUUCGGCCUACGGCUGGAAAUGAUAAUAUGGUUGAUUUUGAUGGUGUUUAUGAUAUUUCGGCUUGGAAGGACAGACCGAAGGACUUCAAUGAUCCGACUCUCUUUCAGCAUGGCCAACUUCGGAGGGAGAGCUUAAUUCUACCGGCGGGUACUUGCUCGGGUAGUAGUGGAAGGGAGAAACUUGACUUGGGAUAUCCUUCUGGGGCGAUAAUCAAUGGGUCUUUGACUAAUGAGACUAUCCAGCUGAAUGUUUCAGGGUUUGUGGUUGCGUGGUUUAGGGAUGAUAAUGAGGAGCAUGCGACGACGAAUGUUACUUAUAAUAUCGUGUUUACGGGUGCUUAUGAUGCUGCGAAUUCUUCGCGACUUCUUGUUACUGGAGCGGCGAGCUCUAAUGAGUCUCUUGUGAGCUUUCAGGCUCCGCCUGAAGGUUCAGGGACUGUCACCGGGGCUUCUUGGAAGUUGGCGGUGAUUUCUUUGGUGGCUAGCAUUGGGUUGGCGUUGGUGUGA